AUGAAAAUACUAAGGGACAAUUUCAGCCCAUCUCCUUCCCGACGAACGCACAGGGCAGAAAACACAAGGAAUCCAAACCACCAAGGACGAACCAGAGGAGACGAAGGAAGAAACAAACCAAGGAACGAAGGAAGAAACGAAGGAAGGAAUGAAGGAAUAAAGCAGGGAAGAAACCAAGGAAGAAACCAGGGAAGAAACGAAGAAGAAGAAAACCUAGAAAAUCGAGAGCACAUGGAUACUGAAUCAGAAGAAGAUGGUCCAAGGAAUGGGGGAAAGAAUGGAGAAAAUCAAGACGAUACCCGAAGCGAACUAAACUCUAAAAGAGAGGAACAAAGAGAAAAAGAGAAAGAAGAUGCCCCACCAAAGAGCAAGAAGCAAGAGAAAGAUACCGGAAAAGCAUAA